CACCUUCUACCAACUUCCUCACUUCACCGUUCUAUUUCCACCCAACUGAGAGUCAAGACUCUCAAUCACACUCCUUUGGAAGGUCGCUGUCGGUGAAUACACUCUUUGAUCAGGAAAUUCACUUUACCUUCAACCUUUCGUCGUCGUCAACUUCACCUUUGAAACCCGGGAUCAACAACAGCACACAGCUGUCUGUUAUCAAUCCGAUCAACCCAAUACCAAAGAACUACACGAACCCUUCACAAUGAAGCUCAUCACCAUCGCCCUCGUCGGCGCCUCUGCCGUGGCCGCGGCUUCCCACCGCCACGUGCAUCGCCAUGCUCCCCACGUCCGCGGCUCCGCAGUCGCCAAGCGCGCCGACGCAACCGUCGUUGAGGACGCCGUCGUGACCAAGUACGAGAUGAACGGCAAGGAGCUCAACGCCGCCAAGGUCGAGCAGGGUGUCAAGGACGGAAUCUACAUCCUCCUCGACGACACCACCUCUGCUGCCCCUGUUCCCACCAAGGCUGCCGUCGCCGCCGGUGAGUUCUUGGAGCAGAAGAAGCCCACCACCCCAGCGGCUCCAUCGACCACCAGCGUUGCGCCACCACCUCCGCCACCAACCACGAGCGCCGCCCCCGUCGUGCCGACCCCGGCUCCUUCUUCGGGAGGUGGUUCCGGUGCCACCGGCCUUGACGCCGACUUCCCCAGCGGAACCAUCGACUGCGACCAGUUCCCCUCCGCCUACGGCCCCGUCGCUGCCGAGUGGCUCAACCUCGGCGGCUGGACCGGUCUCCAGAUGACCCCCAGCUUCAGCCCUGGUGAUGCCGCGAUCCACCUGAUCAACACCGGUAUCGGUGGCGACAACUGCAUCAAGAACUCCUUCUGCUCGUACGCCUGCCCACCCGGAUACCAGAAGUCCCAGUGGCCCUCUUCCCAGGGCGCAACCGGCCAGUCCAUCGGCGGUCUCUACUGUAACGCCCAGGGCAAGCUCGAGCUCACCAACCCCACUCUGUCCAAGACUCUCUGCAUCAAGGGAACUGGCGAGGUUAAGGUUAAGAACACCAUCGGCCGCAACGUCCCCAUCUGCCGUACCGACUACCCCGGUACCGAGUCUGAGACCGUCGCUCUCGACACCCAGCCCGGCCAGGAGUACGAGCUCACCUGCCCCGACGCCAACAAGUACUACAGAUGGGGCAACGCCGCCACCUCGGCCCAGUACUACAUCAACCCCGCUGGAUCCCCUCUCAAGGAUGCGUGCCGCUGGAACGAGGCCGGCUCGAACAUGGGUAACUGGGCUCCCGUUAACUUGGGUGUCGGAAAGGGACCUACUGGCGAGACGUACAUCUCGAUCUUCCAGAACAAGCCUACCAACCCUGAUGGAAAGCUCAACUUCAACUUGGAGAUUGUGGGUGAUGUUAGCGGAAAGUGCGCGUACAUUGAUGGCCAGUUCUAUAACAAUGGUGUUGCUGACCCAAGUGGUUGCACUGUUCUCGUCACCGGCACCGCCACCUACAAGAUCUACUAGAUUUACUCUCUCUAGUUUCUUGUACCAAUAAUUCCACCAUUCGCGCUACCAGUUCGAUUUUCCAAUAACAGCCCAGCCCCAGCCCAAGUCUUCUUAUUUGUUGAGACAAUUGCUGAACACAAACACGUACAUAAUAAGAUGUCCCUGCACACAAACAACACAAACUAGUUCAUAGCAGUUACAUGAAAUGAUGAUUCUUUCUAAAACACUACUACACAAUUCGAUUCUAAUUUAAUGCUUUCUUCGUUUUUGUUUUUUGCUUAUUUGCUGUUUACUCUCUUUGCGUGUUUUUGCAGUGUUUUUCUUGCUUGGACUGGUGAUGGUGUGAUGUAGAUCGUCAACCUGAUACUGUUUGAAGCUUGAAAAACGAGUGAUGUUCGGUGG